AGGUCCCACGCAAGAGCCGCCGGAUAUGCUGCCCCCCGACUUCCGCUCCUGGAGUUUACUGGAGUACCGACCUCUGCCAGAGGGGUAGCGUCGAGUCGACGGACCGAGCAGUCCAGGCCUCGCCAGACGGCCACUGCCUCGCCUGCCCUCUGUCCCAUCCUCCUGCCUGCCGUCUCUGAGCAAAGUCAUCAUGCCCCGGGGUCAGAAGAGUAAGCAGCGUGCCCGUGAGAAACGUCGCCAGGCACGAGGACAACAGGAGAGUGUGGAACAUGCUCAGGCCACUGUAGUAGAGGAAGAAGAGUCGCCCUCUUUCUCAGCUUCCAAUACCGAAGAUAUUAUCGAAGAGCCACUUGCUGCUGGAGCACCCAGCAAUGAGCAAGAGCCUGAAACGGCCACUGGUGCUGCUGCAGUUGUUUCAUACGCAAGAUCUAAAGAAGGCACCAACAACCCAGGUAGAGAAAGGCCAAGUGCCUCACAGGCCCGGGCUGCCAUGAAGCACUUGCAAAGUGGCCCUCUAGCUGAGAGGGUUGCCAUGCUGGUGCAUUACCUGCUCUACAAGUAUCAAGUGAGAGAGUCUGUUACCAAGGCAGACAUGCUGAAAAAUGUAGUCCAGAUGUACAAGCAUCACUUCCCUGAGAUCCUGAAGAAAGCCUCGGAACGCCUGGAGCUGGUCUUUGGCCUUGAUAUUAAAGAAGUGGAUCCCAACAGAAGCAUUUAUGUCCUGGUCAACAAAUUGGAGCCAAACUGCAACGCGAGAGUGACUGAUAACAGAGGUGUGCCGAAGACAGGCCUGCUGAUGAUUAUCUUGGGUGUGAUCUUCACAAAGGGCAACUGUGCCACCGAAGAGCAAGUCUGGGAAGUGCUGAAUAUGAUGGGCGUAUAUGAAGAUAGCAUUCACUUCAUUUUUGGGGAUCCCAAGAAGCUCGUCACCGAAGAUUUGGUGCAGGACAGGUACCUGGAGUACCGCCAGGUGCCCGACAGUGAUCCUCCACGCUAUGAGUUGCUGUGGGGUCCAAGAUCUUAUGCUGAAACCAGCAAGAUGAGAGUCCUUGAGUUUUUGGCCAAGAUCCAUGAUACCGUGCCCAGUGCCUUCCCAGACUGGUAUGAAGAGGCACUGCAAGAUGAGGAAGAGAGAGCCCAAGCCAGAGUUGCGGCCAGGGCUCGCAUUAGUGCCUUGGCCAGAGCACGUUCCAAGGCCUUGACCAGCAGCCUUCCUUGCCCCAAGUAAAGGCUAAAGAAGAUACUUUACUAUUUUUGAAGAGGACAGUUCAUGAAUUAAUGUUCUCACUAGUAAAGUAUCGGGAGAUGCUGUGUUCCUAUGUUCCUGUUUUGUGUGUUAACUUGGAAAUUUGUUUAAAUGUUGCAUCUUUUAAUUGAAAGUUUAUGUAACUUCUGAAUUCAAAUUUAUGAGUGAUAUGUCAUAUGCUUAUUGAUGUUUAAAAUGUUUUGAAAGUAUGAAUUUUCCUAUUUAUGUAAUGAAUUAGGAAAACUCCGAUUUUAUUUAGUGAUGCCAAGCAAGAUAAAAUACUAAUGGAAAUGUGAAAGGAUUAAGCAGUAAAAUGGUUGGGAUUAGAGAAAAAAGUAAAAGAUGAUAACUUUUGCAUUCCAUUUCACUUUCAGUCUGUUUUGUAAAAGUAAGAAUUAUAUACUUGGAUAUGAUUAACUUCUUCAAGAAUGUUG